AUGUUCACAGCAGCGACUAAGAACUUUGUGAAGCAGGUAGGGGACACUGGACGGCUGGUCCCUGUGCCCAGUCUAAGUGAAGCGGACCGCUAUCAACCUCUCAGCCUGGUGACAAGGAGGAGGAGACGAUAUUUCUGGACAAAGACCAAAUAUGCCUCGACCCCAUUCUCACUGAAAGACAUACUCGUGGGAGAGAAGGAGAUCACCGCAGGGGUGUCAUCUUAUCAGCUCCUCAACUAUGAAGACAAGUCUGAUGUAGCCCUAAAUGGGCCUUUGGGCAACCAUUUGAUCCAUGAAGUGGGCAUCAACGUGAGUGGUUCCGACUCAGUAGCGGUGAAAGCCUCAUUUGGAAUUGUGACCAAGCACGAGGUGGAGGUUCCAACAUUACUGAGGGAACUCAACUCAAGGAAAGUUGACUUGGAUCACUGCCUGAUCCGUCAAUCCAAAGUGAGUAAGCGGACAGUCCUGUGUGUUGUCAUGGAGAGCAUCCGCACUACUCGACAAUGUUCUCUCACUGUCCAUGCUGGAAUGCGAGGAACUACCAUGAGGUUCCAGAUAGAUGAUGGUCGAAAUCCUAAAGGUCGAGAUAAAGCUAUUGUUAUUCCAGCCCAUACCACCAUAGCAUUCAGUGUAUUUGAGCUUUAUGUUCAUCUGGAUGGACGUCUUGACAUUUGUGUAGCACCAGAGUCAGUGGGAGGUUUUGAGAGGGAACAAAUACAACUUAUGUAUUUCAUAUACCAAAUACAGCCCUUGAACUAUCCCUUUGUGCUUCCUGCAGAUGACAGGACAUUUGAGGAGCUCACUCAGUCCGACAUGUACAUGGAUGAUGUUAUGACGGACUACUAUGAGAAGGCCGCCAGCAUGACUGAUCUGUCCACUACUUACCUGCGAGAUGAGAAGCACACACGCGUUAAUCUACUCAACCAUAACAUUCCUAAAGGGCCCUGCGCCCUGUGUGGCAUGGGGCACCAAAGGCGUGAGACUGUCUAUGGCUGCCUGGAAUGCUCUUCGGGGGGAAACAAAUACGUCCGUCUUCAUGCUGUUCCAUGUUUUGACCUCUGGCACAAAACCAUGAGGUAA